UAAGGCAUUCCCAUUUACGGCUGCUAGAAAGUAAGGUGGAAGAGAGAAGCGAAGCAGAAGGGCGUGGGUGGAAGAGACGGAGAUGGGUUACGUCCUGAGAGUGAGAUUGGCUUCCUUCUUUGCCGGAGCAGCGGUUGCAUCGUCUCUGGGGCUUUACCUUCUUCAGAGAGAUUACAAGAUUGCUUACGACUCCAUUUCGCAAAAGAUGGGACGGCUGCAUGAUUCUAUGGAAAGUAGAAUUUCGGCACUGGAAAAGCUGAACCAGAAUGAUGGUGCCCAACAUGUUCAAACAGCAGAGUAGACCCUGGAGACCAAGCGAGGACAGUCUAAAUGGCCAUGCUUGAAAUAUAAAGAACUUAUGAAGAAUAACUGUAGAAAAACUGGUCUGCUUUGUAUGAACAUCAGGAUGUUAAAUUUUUCUUUGGAAAAUUUGUUUAUUUAGUUUAUGAUGUUAUCAUGAGAUUUAGGUCUGUAACCGAGCUGGUAGCUCGUUGUAAUGAUGUUACCGUGCUCAUAGAAAAUUCCUUAAAGUUGAUGAGGCUAAAUCCUGAAUGACCAGGUCUAUCCCUCCGCUUGUGGAACACAGCAUCCAUCGUUCUCUUUUCAUUUUGCCCAUGCUGGAGUGUCAUGUAAGACUUGUUAAUGAGUUUGAUGAGUGACCCAAAUGAAAUAAUUUUUUUUUUCAAA